AUAGAAGAGGGGAUAAAUUAGUAACUGACUGAUUUUGAAGUUUGGAUGCAAGUGGUAAAAAAGCUUAAUUUUAUGCUCGUGUACAGCUGUAAAUGGGGACUGUUUUGUCCUAUUUUACGGGAAAAUUAAGCUCCUCGAGAAUAGAAACAGACCCAUUUGAAGAGAUGGCGCAGAGUAGGCAUCAUACCACUGUAGUGUCGAUGUCUCAAAAUAAUAUCACGAGAUACAUGUCCGCGUUUCAAGUUGUCCAAGAGUUUCUGGAUAAUGGCGGAAGCAUAAUGGAACGCCAAAGAAUGCUAGAGUCUGAACUAGAAACUUGCCACGAAAGGUUGCGACGAUUCACCGAAGAUCAUGCUCGCGUAAGUGAAACUGGUAAUGAGAACAUUUCCAGUUCCAACCGACCCUCGACACUGGAAGGAAAGUACAAACAGUUCUAUGAUCACGAAAGAGUGGAUGCUAUCGACUGUAUCGAAAGCUCACGAAUUAACAAGGAACGAAGCAAAUGGAAUGAAGCAGACGACCAAUAUGUCGCGUGCAUGAUUUUCGAGGAGUCUUUUACGGCAGCCCAGAAGUUGAGAGAAGGCUUCCUUCAAGGUGUUUCUUGUAUUUUGACGUCAGCUCCUUCCAUAGGAGCUCAAUUCCUUGAAAAAAAGACCAACAAUAGUACAUCUGCCAAUGUUUGCUUUUCUGUCAAAACGGACAGCAACUGUCAACUCAGUUCACUCGGCCAAAGCAGUGUGAACAGCUUGAAAGUGAUCAUGAAAGAGACUGCAGAAACUUGCGACAUCAACGCCCUUGUACAGAGAACGUUAAACGCUCUUCAUAAGCGUCAAGAAAAAGGAGUAUUCCAAGUCUACUCGGUAGAUUUUCUUACAAAGAAACCAAUAAUAAAGUACGUGGAGAACUGCUGCAGAUAUGCGUGGAAGCUAGUGUGUCAGACGCCACCUUAUAGAUUACAAGGAAACUCGUUCGUACUAAAAUCGGAUGUUGUCUUUGAUCCAGUUUUUCACCAGGUUUCCAGAGAGUUCGCCUCUGCCGAGCAUAACUCAGGGCGCAUUGAAUUUGUAGUUUGGCCUGGUUUAUUUGAAGGAUCGUCUGGCAGAGUAAUUCGAAAGACGGAAGUGGUAUUACGAGCGCGUUGAGAACAUGACAACUUGUAAUAGUGUACCUGUGGUGCAAUGUCCUGAAGCCCAGUAGAUUAGCAGCAUAUUUGUCAUAGGUACAGUAACUGUGAGGGAACAGGGAGUGUGUUUGUAGCAUGGAAGUUUAUUGACUUUGUUAUAGGUGACAAAUGCGCUUUAAUUUUCUUGAUUUGAUAGAAGUAAGGUUUACCCAUUCAACCGAAACGUUGUAUGUGAAACAUAGCUAUCGUUCAUAAGAAGAGGGGCAUUGCAUAACAAACUUUAUAUAUAUCAUGAUUAUAGUCUCUUGAUAACAGGCAAGGCCAAUGAAAAGCACAGUUAAUUAACCACACGAACAGGGCUGGGAUGGCGAGCCUGGGAUACAUUUAGUACUGAACACUUGUUCCCCUAUAUUCGGACAAGGCUUAUCAAUGGGGCAAUUUCGAUAUAUUUUAAAACAUGACACCUGCUGCUUAGGGCCCCAGGGACAAAAUAAAUUGUUUAUUCCGUUUUUGCCUUGUCCUCAAUAUGAUUUCUUUUGUUUUAGGCCUCGGAGCCAAGUUAGAACUAACUGUAUCGAGAUUGGCCUAUUCUAGCUAGGAAAAGCUUUAAACCACCGCAUUAAAUAUCGAACACUCAGUAGUAAAAAAAUAGUUGCACAGCGGAAAAUGUUUGCUCGUGGAUCAUCCCAUUUACCAACCUCGGCUUCCUUUUUUCCCAUGGCAAAGACAAUUUUAGAUGAGACUAAAAUAAAAAAUAAAAAAAUGUAUAUUUGUUUCUA